GCCCGAGGCUGUGUCAUGGUACUAUAUAGUCAAAGCAGUCGACGCUUACAUACAUAUAGAGCCCGCAAGCAUUGACAUAUUUGACGCUUGCGAGAAGUCGCUUUGUUUUGGGUGUGGGUGAACGAGUGGUCGUUCAACCUCGCGUCCGCGCGCAGUGCAGAAUUCGUCGAUUAAAGCCCGCACAAGACUCGCGAAACUGAGCCAUAUACUGUUUGGAGUUUGGAGACUGACUUCGAUUGUUGUCGCUCGAGAGUUCCGCUUAAUUACCAUAUCGAAAAUUUUCAACGAUCCGAAUACCGUUGAGAGAAUUUGAAACCGUUCAUUGUGUCAACAUAAACGGUACAGGCAUUUUUUCGUAACAAUGGGUGCAGCAAAGAGCCAGCUCACCGAUCAGCAGCUGCAAGAUUAUCAGGAUCUGACAUACUUCACGAAAAAGGAGGUUUUAUAUGCUUAUCAGAAGUUUAAAGCCCUUAGUACAGAGGAUUCUUUAAUACGGACAUUGGCAGAAAUGAAGAAAAUCCCUGAAUUGAAGGCUAAUCCUUUUGGAGACAGAAUUUGCAAAGUAUUUAGUUCAACUCAAGAUGGAAACUGUACAUUCGAGGACUAUUUAGACAUGAUGUCGGUUUUUAGUGACGCUGCUCCGAAAUCUGUAAAAGCUGAGCAUGCCUUCAGAAUAUUCGAUUUUGAUGGAGAUGAUAUGCUAGGAACUGCAGAUCUUAGACAAGUUAUUACUGCAUUAACAAAAACUCCAGAACAUAGUUUAACAGAAGAAGAAAUAAAACAGUUGAUUCAAAAUGUGCUUGCAGAAGCUGACUUGGAUGAUGAUGGAUCAUUGAGUUUUGCUGAAUUUGAACACAUUAUAGAAAAAAGCAGUGAUUUCUCAAAGACCUUCAGAAUACAUUUAUAGACGGCAAAACUAGGUAGCAAAUUUUGCAUAUGUAUAUAGCAUUCAUGUUUUCAAAUCAAAGACUUGGAUUAAUUAAAUUAAAUAAUUAGCAUUAGUAAUCAAGCCUGCCAUGAAGUCAUUUUUUCCAAUAUCAACUUUAUUGUAACUAUAAGUAUGUUCUAGUUUAGCUAGUAUAAGAAAAAUUACUGAUUACAAAUUCAUGUACCAAUGUUACUACAUUGUACUUUUUGGCUUAUUCUAUGAUAUUUAUCUUUUUUCUCAAAUUUUAAAGAUGAAUUGAAAAUAGCCUGUUUUUCAUCCACUGUAGUUUUUUUUAUUAGUCUAGAGUCCAUUCAAAAAUUUUUGGAUAUCCUUAUUUUUCACUGUUGUUGAUUACUGAAUUAAUGCAGCUAAAAAAAGUAUUUAUUAGAAUUAGAUUAGCAAUAAAAUUUAUAAAAAGUUAAAAAAUAGAAAUGAGAUUAAAGUGAACAACACACAGAAACUUCACAAGUAAAGAGUUUUGGUUUCUUUUUUAUGCCAAUAAAGAAAAAAUUUAAUAAAAACAAUCAUUUUUCAAGUUGAA